AUGGAUAAUCAAGCAAAUAGUAGUGGUGCUUCCUCUUUUACCAGUGCUAUGAAUCUUGACCAACAAGGAGUGUCUUUUAUUCCUCAACGCUAUGUUCUACCCCCUUCACAACGCCCAAACAUCAUUCAUCAUCAUGAUGAACAUGUUCUUCCUCUCCCUAUAAUAGACUUGUCUGAUUUUCAUGAUCAAUCUCGUAGAUAUCAAAUUAUCAACGAAAUCAGAAAUGCUUGCAAGGAGUUUGGUUUCUUUCAGAGAUAUAUACUUUACUUCCAUUUCCCAUACCGCAAUUUAAGAUACACUGUCUUUGGCUGCUUCCUUAUAAAUGAAUCAUUCAUAGCUUGUUACAAAAUAUCAAAUGUUAUUAACCAUGGAAUUGAUGAAUCAGCAAUAAAUGAAGCCCUAAAAGCUGCAGAGGAGUUCUUCAACCUCCCUCAUGAUGAAAAGAUGUGUUUGUUUUCUGAUGAUGUUCAUAAGCCAGUAAGAUAUGGAACAAGCCUUAAUCAUGCUAGGGAUGAAGUUUUUUGUUGGAGAGAUUUCAUCAAACAUUAUUCUCAUCCCCUACCGGAUUGGAUUCAUUUGUGGCCUUCAAAUCCACCAAGUUAUAGGAAGAACAUGGGAAAUUAUGCUGAGGCAGUGCAAGAUCUUCAAAACAAACUAAUGGAGAUGAUUUUUGAGAGCCUAGGGUUAAACCCUAGCUACCUUGAAGAAGAAGUUAAUGGUGGAUCUCAACUCCUAGCUGUGAAUUGCUACCCAGCAUGCCCUGAACCCGAACUAACCCUAGGGAUCCACCCUCAUUCCGAUUAUGGAUCAAUAACUGUUCUACUCCAAACUCGAUCCGGGCUCGAAUUCAAGAACAAAAACAAUAAUUGGGAGGCAGUUCCCUUAGUCGAAGGUGGCCUAGUGGUGCAAUUGGGUGAUCAAAUGGAAGUUUUGAGCAAUGGAGUUUACAAGAGUGUGAUUCACCGAGCAACAGUGAAUGUGGAUAAGAAGAGGUUUUCAAUUGUGAGUCUUCAUAGUUUUGCAAUGGACAAGAAGAUAGGGCCAGCAAAAGAGCUUGUUGAUGAUAAUCAUCAUCAAUUACCAAAGUGUUACAAUGAAUUCAGCUUCAGGGAGUUUCUUCAAUUCAUUUCCAACAAUGAUAUUACAAAAGAAAGGUUCCUAGACACUUUGAAGAUCAUGAAAUAAUUAAACCAUAUAUAGAUUUUGGUAUGUAUGUUCUUUUUUUAGAGUUUGUUUGUGAUUUCAGAUUUUGGAGAUAAUGAAAGGAUUUGAAGAGUAAUUAAUAAGUUUUUCUAUCCUUUCAUUAUUUCUCCUUCUAAAUAUAUCUGAACUUGCAAAUAU